ACGGCGUUCGAGGACGGGAACACGUCCAGAUCGUGUAAAUAAAUAAAUAAAUAGAGCAAAAAAUUUGAAAUACCAUGAACCAAAGUAUUGUGCGUUAAAAUAAGAAACGUCGUAAAGACAAGAGAUGAAAUCUCAGGCUCAAACUUCACUCACGACCUUGUCCAUGAUCGAUCUCCAAGAGUUGGAAUCUCAAGCGUCCGUUAAAGAUGCAGCUAAUCAGACAUUUCUGCAAGGUGUUCCAACGGUGACAAUACCAAUCGCAGUAGAACAUGAAGCAUCACAAACGAUGUAUAUGAGCAGUCCUUGUCCGCCCGCGGAAUAUUCUCAAAAUAUUUUACAUUCCAUGUCCUAUCGGAUGCCCGCAUUUACACACCACCGUUCAACACAGACUACUGUGACAUUUACUCCUGUAACAUCAGACCACGAAGCAAUAAGAGAUUUAUCAAGCCGUACGUACAAAGAGCUUCAAGGAAGCCAUUUGCAAGAGGAUUUUGUAGACACAAAGACUAUAAUCCUUGAGAUUUUAAACUUUUUAUUGUCCCGCGCGUUCUGGAUAUCCGAUCCCGAUGAGGUUGCCGCUGAAACAAACUGUCAAGAAACACAAACUGUAAUACGAUACAAUCACAAUGCGAACAUCAUAGUAUUGGACAAAGAUGCGCAAACCAAAUUAACUUGCGAGCCGCGACACUCGAACAGCAAGUUACUGGUUGAAUACAAAGAAACAAAGAAUUUUAUCCAAUUCUGUCUCGAGGAGUGUCUCUCGGGACUCGAUUCUCGUAUUAUCGUCGACGAACUGAUCGACGAAAUAAUUGCGAAGGGAGCGGAGAUAUUGAAGUAUCCCAUGAAAGAGCAAGUGAUUCAAACCGUAGCCAGUUAUAAAUCGCGCGAUAUUAAAGAAAAAGAAGUGCUGCAGAAGUUACGGGCACGCGUCGUGAUCGAUCCUUUAGAGGCAUCAACCGUCGUCGUGCCACUGAUAGACGAUCUACUGCUUUUAACUUGCGCGCAAGUGUCACGUGACGCUCGUCGUAUUGUUAAGAACAUUCUUGAGUCAUGGAUUUGUCGGAAAAUCUUAAUCGAUUCCAUCCUUGCUAAACCUCGGAAACAGUUGCAACUCGAUUCCGUGGAGCAAAUACUCGAUCGGAGAAGAAAAAUGAUCGUCGAGUCUAUGCUAAAGAAAGAAACGAAGACCGCAGUUACUCAGACGGAACUCGCCGGAGUUGCCCAAGUUACGAAGAUAAAAGAGCCGAAAGAAGUCUUGUGUUCGAUUUGUGUCGAGCAGUCGUUGUGCCAGUGGUGCGUAGAAGCUGAAGAGAAAAAAUUAGUUGAAACGUCCGAAAUCGUGAAGUUACGACGUACGCAGGACAUACUCUUGGCAUACAAACCGUGUUACGUCGUUGCGACUGCUUCCGAAGAGAUGAGGAGUCCGCAUUUGCAACCAGCUGGCAAGAUGAAGAAAAUUGAAACACCAAGCACCGCAAAAUUAUAUGCGGCGCGAUGUGCGACACCUGAAAAAACAAACAUCAAUGACAGUACUAUUGAUGACAUAACACUUUCGAAAGAAAAUAUCCAAGUUAAAAAUUCUGUUUGUGGAUGGACUCAUGUCAUCAACGAUGCGUUAGCAAAGUCGUGGUCACCAAAAGGCUCUGCUAGUAAUGAGAUUGUUACCACCGCGACAAGUUCAGUUGCAAAAGUUUGCGAUAAGAAAUUGUCUCAAUACGUUCCGAACUUGCAAACAGCGAAGGCAUUGCAAGUAUUAAAGAACACAUUUUGCACUCGCGACACGUGUUCUGCCAUUCUCACAACAUUAGAGGAACGCAAUUCGAUCGUUACAGACGCGAAUAACAAGAAGUUUUGUGAUUUAACGAAUUGCACAUUAGUGAAGUGCAGUAAACAACUUACUUAUACCGACGUCCAAAUAUGCGCGAGGCCACGCGUCGAUAAAUUUAAAGCUUCUACCCAAUCUUUAUCGGAAAAUUACUUGAAAGUACCAAUUUAACAAUAAUUGAUGUAAAUUUCACAUUAUUUAAUAUGUAA